AUGCAGCUCAAAGAAGCAGCCUCCAGCCGAGGAGAGAGUGCAUCUGUGGCAGGGAGAAGUCUCAACCUUAGCAUUGUAAUCUGUAUAGUAACAGAGCCUGCUGUGCCUCCUCUUCUGUCAGAAUACCAUUUUAAUUGGAAGUGCUUCCUCACUAUUUUGUGGCUGUAUCUAUUCUUCUGCAGGUCUGAAGCAAAUGAUCUUGCUUUACGACUGGCUCGGCAGUACCAUGGGCACCAAGAUGUGAUCACCCUUGAGAAUGCUUACCAUGGCCAUGUUACAUCUCUGAUUGACAUCAGUCCCUAUAAAUUUAAUCAGCUGGGAAAGGACAGCAAGAAGGAGUUUGUGCAUGUGGCUCCUUCUCCAGAUAUCUACAGAGGAAAAUAUAGGGAAGAUCACCCAGAUCCAGCAAGUGCUUAUGCUGAAGAUGUGAAGAAGAUUAUUGAAGAAACACAGAAGAAUGGACGCAAGAUUGCUGCCUUCAUAGCUGAAUCCAUGCAGAGCUGUGGAGGCCAAGUAAUUCCGCCUGUGGGCUAUUUCCAGAAAGUGGCAGAGUACGUGCGUGCAGUGGGUGGAGUGUUCAUAGCUGAUGAGGUCCAGGUUGGCUUUGGCAGAGUUGGGAAACAUUUUUGGGCAUUCCAGCUGCAAGGCAAAGAUUUUGUGCCUGACAUUGUCACCAUGGGAAAGCCCAUUGGCAAUGGCCAUCCUAUGUCUUGUGUGGUCACAACAAGGGAAAUCGCUGAAAGUUUUGGUGCCUCCGGACUGGAGUAUUUCAAUACAUUUGGAGGCAAUCCGGUGUCUUGUGCUAUUGGUUUGGCUGUGCUGGAGGUAAUAGAAAAAGAAGAUCUCCAAGGAAAUGCUACACGUGUAGGAAAUUAUCUCCUGGAGUUGCUGGCUGAGCAAAAGGAGAAACAUCCCUUAGUGGGAGAUAUCAGGGGUGUUGGAUUGUUUAUUGGAGUGGAUCUGGUGAAAGAUCAACAAAGUCGAACACCAGCCACAGCUGAAGCUCUUCAUCUUAUUUACAAGCUGAAAGAGCAUCAAAUUCUUCUUAGUGCAGAUGGACCCCACAGAAAUAUACUAAAAUUCAAACCACCAAUGUGUUUCACAAUGGAAGAUGCAAAACAUGUAGUAGAGAUAAUUGACGCACUUCUCACAGAAAUGGAAGAGGCAACUGGAAUGAAGACAGAAAACAAUGCAUCUACAGAUGCACAAUGUAAAAUGAAAAUAUCUGAAGGGAGUUCUCAACCAGAAGGUGCAAAUGAAAGCAUUGGCCAUAUGAAUGGAGCUGCCUGCAGACAAGAAAAUGGGCUUUAUUCUAAAAAGUGCUCACUGCCAACUAAAGGAAUAAGAACAUGAAGAGGGAAAGUUUCCUCAUUCAGUUUAAAUUUGUCUGGCUUGCGUUUGAGAUGAAGAGUGCAAUAGUCCAAGUCCUAGGAUUUGUUUGAAGCCUAGUCCUACCUUCCACAAACUGACUGAAUUCCUAUUAGCUUCCAUAGGAGUUUAAAAUAUCUUUACAGAUACAUGAGAACUGUACCAUGUGGCUUGAAAUCUAGAUGUGAGAGAACAAACAAGUGAUACACAAAAUACCUUGGUGCUGAUGGCAGGCUUGACAUAGGUACACAAACUCAGUGAAAUCUGUGGAUUUAUCUGUAUUGCACAGAAUCUGAAUUGCUUAACCACAAUGCAAGCAAAUGCCAAUCCUAUUAAGUUUAAAAUUACAUCAUUAACUUGCUAUUUUUAAAAUAUUUUAAAUUUCAAUAUAUAAUAUUGAGAUGUUAAUUACUUCCCAUGUUUUAAUGGCUGAAUUCAAAAAAUAAUGCUUGAGAGAGAAAUCAUUAUCUUCCAGUGUAACUUAGGUCCUAUGGACCACAUUCCCAGCUGAUGUAAAUUGGUGUAGCUUUGUUAAUGUCAACAACGCUCUACCAAGAGUCUACCACUGUGUGUGUAGAGACACAAUGUUUAUCCAGGGCAUUCUCACUUUAUGUUCAAAGAAAAUGGAAGAAUCUGGACCCUAAUUUUCUAUCGAUAAAGCAACUUUUAUAGAUAACUAUUUAUAUAGAGUAAGAUUUUAUGGGGUUUUUUUUCCAAAAGUUUAUAUAUUUAACCCUCUCAGUCCAAAAAUAUGCAAGUAUAUAUCAUUUCAGACACAGUGAUUGAGUUUAACCUGAAGGCCUCUCAAAAUGAAGUUUCCAGGGACAGCCCAGCUUUCAUUCCCAUGGAUUUAGUUGUUUUAACAAUGGUGGGAAUUACUGCCUGAUCCUGUUGUAAUAGUGCUGUUACUUUUUGCUAGUGGUGGUAAAGAGUCGCAUAUCAGUUGCAUAGGAUCCUGACACAUAAAUUGCUAUGCUGAUGUUCGAUUAUUAAAAUGAGAGGACCACUGCAUAAAACAUGCAUACAACCAUUUCACAGCCACUGCCCACCUGGGUUGCAGAUACUUUAGCCUGACUUGCCUCCUUCUCAGUGUUAAUUUCAAUGAGAGCGCACAAGCUCUGCUUCUCUUUUUUAAUAUAGGUGCAACUCCAUGCUAUGGGAGACACUGAGGGCUUUAAAAAUGGUAUGUACUUCAGGAAAAAAAAAAUAAGACAAAAUGUAUUUCCUCUUCAAUUUUAAUACCCUAAGUUCUGCUGUUUUGUAAUUGCUGCUAAUGACCCUACUGCUAUGACUGAAAAUUGAGCACCUUAUCUAAUUUCAUUUUUUCCACAAUUUGCUAUAUUGCUAUUGGUGUUUCCAGUGUAAUGUUUCCAACAUCCUCAAGCUGACUUACCUUCUGUUUCAAAUCUUUGAAUAAUUCUU